AUGAGUGACCGUCCCCGACCACCUUUUGGCGUGAAGCUUUCGUUUGGGAAAGUCGUGCAGGGGCUCGGGUCGGACGGGCGCAGCGCCUUCUUGACACCUCGGGAUGUGUCAGCGACUCCCGAUUCUAAUGUGACGAGGGGUUCAGCGGAAGCAACUGGGAGAGAACAACAACUAGACACAACUUCAGAACUGCAAAGGAGUUUUCAGUACCUCACCCCUCGCCAACAGCAGAGCAUUCUUUCUUUUUGCAGGCCUUUUACUCCCUCCAUGUCGGUUCCCCGUGGAGAGCUUCAUUCGUCUAUUGGCUCCCGUUCCACUUCACCGGUGGUGGUGCGACCGACCAAAGAUCUGCCCCCAACAAAGGAUGCCGUAGAUGCCCCUCGGAUGCCACCAACAGCGGUGAAAAGGGAAGAAAGUGUAUUUCAUGACGGAGACGGGCAAACUCCAGUGACUUCUGUACAUUCGAGUGUCGUGGCCACCCAAUCAGCGUCUGAGGCCGUAAAGCUCAGACCCCCUAAAAUUCCCGCUUCUUCUCCUUCCCCUUCCCCCUCCCCAAAAGCUGCUGUUGCUAAUGCAUCCGCAACCAGUGCCACGACUACCACCGCGGGACUUGCCACUACUGCGACUGGUGCGGAUGUAAGUGCUGAAGCGGCUGGAAGCGAUGCCGCACCGCAGGGUACUGUGUACAAUGUCUGUUCACUCUGUGGCCUCACCGUGCUACUUGGCGGGAGCUUUGCAGAGCAGCAGCAACAGUGGCAGGACCACAUUAAUUCUUGGAUGCAUCAACGUUGCUUGAAGAUGCACGCAAAUGCGCGUAACGAGAACGUGUACAUUGGUGACACCACAACCGUUUCUAUAGGCUCGCCCGUGUCACCUUCGAUGUUGAAGGCAUUGGAAGAAUUUUCAUCAUCCAUUGCUUCAUCGGAUGCGGGGCAGUCUGCGGGACGGGCCAUCCGAUUGUCCCCUGCUCCCUUGAAGUUGCCAGUUUCGGAUGAUGUGGUCACGGCGCGAGAACUAGAAGCCAGGCGAAUCACUUUCUCGUCAGAGGACAUCACGCCACGCAUUCUUGCUGAUAGCAGUGAGCACCUAUCGCUUGUUGAGAAGAAACUCUUUACUUCCGUUAAGAAGCCACAUGUAUCAGGUGAUGAUGCUGAGGUUGUUGGCAUACUGACAGACGAAAGGGAGGCAGCCACCGCUGGUAAAGCGACGUGCGAGGGAGGGGCACCGCCAAUAUGCCAGAAGCGAAAGUUGUUGAAAUCAGUCAAAGAAUCCGGAGAAACACCGAUUCGAGGAGGGUUCCGGAAGUUUGAUGUCAAUGCUGACCAAGUAAACACGUCGAGCGGUGCUGAGAUGGACGAUGCUGGUCAGAGUAAUAGCAGCAAGCGGCACUUAAAGCGGAGGCUAGAUAAAUACUUGGUUGUCAAAGAAAGGCGACUGUUACUUGCUUGCAUGCGUCACUGGUUUAACAGUAUGUUUGUGCGCGUAACGGACAAUUUUUUCUCCGUUCGAUCGCGUUCAAGCAAGGAGACACCCGAUGCUAUGGUGGCAGCAUCUCCUACAGUGAGGUGCAGUCGAACGGAUACGCCAUUGGAUGCGUAUGUUCCUGGUGUUGGGCAACAAAAGGCGUCACCGGUGGUACGUAAGGGAUCCAAGAAGCAACCGGAGCUUGUUGCUGUGGAGGCUGCUGCUGGCGGUGGUGAUAAUGAGAAGGGAGAGUUGUUGUUUAUGGCUUCACGUGUAAAAGAUUUUGCGCACAUCAAGAAGGACUCUUCCGCGGAUAGUUUAGAGAUGGAAGUGGGGAAGACGGACGUAAAGUGGUAUGUCUCUCGCCCCGCAGGGAAUUCGCGGAAGCGGGGGAAAGUCUCAUCCUGUAAACAUAAAAAAGAUGACUCAUCCACCCCGUCACUUGAAGACGACAGUAGCAUUGAGGAGCUGCUCUCCUCACUAGCACCUCCACUGCAGGAACGUGUGCGAAUGGCAAUCCGUGGGAAGCCCGUAAGCAAGUCGAAGUUUCCCAUGACAUCCGAGGUUAUUAGCAUGAUGCGGGAUUCUGUGCAGCAAGAGGUACAACAGUAUAGGGAUCAACAGUUGUUUCACCAGUUCCAACACCAACAGCAGCAGCAGCAACAUCAGCACCACGAGCAGUACCAUGACAACUACCAGCACCAUCCUGUGGCAUCCCGUUCCUCCCCAGAUGCUGUGGGGAUCCCGCAGCAACCGUUUCUUGAACGUCGGGAGUUUGGCACUAAUACCAAGGAGCUCGUGAACGAGUCGCUACGCAUUAGGGAAGGUGAGGUGGGAUCUACCAGUUUCAGAAGGGAGCAAGCCAUAGAUACCUCCGUACCAUAUGGUUACCUUUCACAAAUUUUAUCAGAAGAGACCCCCAUGAGGACUACCGGCUUAACAGAGGGUGUUGUACCCAACAAAGAAGACGAAAGGGGCGGGAAAAUACUCGCGAACGCGAUGGAAGAAGCCAGCGGGGUUGUGGGACGACAGCUACCCCGUCCGUUUCUACUAGUGGAGGGGCGUAGACAACUGAGUGGCGGAUCAUCAGGGAGUUCAGAAUGCGGGUCCGCCAUCGAAGAAAGGGGCGACGAAGCACCGCGUCCGCGUUCCAACGGCUCCCCAGAUGAUUGUAUGCGGUAUUUGAAUGCUGAAGCGAGUUUUAGCGGAAGUCGGGGCAACUCCCGAGACCGAAAGCACCGGCGAAGACGGUCGCGCGCCGUGGAGGCUGCUGAAUCGGAAAUUCGCGAACCGAGGCAAAUUUCUCAAUCGCAUAUAACGAAUCAUGCACGUAGAGGAGCGAGCCGCAAGGGGAGGCAACCCCUUUCCAUAUCCUCGAUUCACUCCACUUUGCGCGCAGGAGGUAAUAGCGAACGUCCAACUUCCCCACAAACAACGCCACGAGUACGAGGGACCUCCGGUUCCAGGGCCUCCUUUACUGUUCGAAAGGGGUCUAUGGAAGAAUGGGAUACCUCAAGCUGUACGUUUAGAGGCGUACCAGGCGAGUAUUACUGUUAUGAUGGUGAAGCCUACCAGCAUGUGGAAGACCCUACAGCCGGUGCAUUAUGUGAUAAGUUAGGUCGGCGGCUCCCGCUGUAUUUUGUACGCCGCUGUUCAAGCCCUUCGAUGUCCCCUACACGGUUCAGUUGCAUGCCAGUGACGAGGUCUCGUAGUCCCCUCGGACCUGGACGUUUGAACCCGUACUGUAGUGUUUGUGUUGAGCGCUACAACAUUGUUAUGGUUGACGAAAACAUGCGGGUCCUCUCCCCUGUAGUUAACAGAAGAGGAGGUGGGACCGGUAACUGCGCCUGCACAUUUGCAAACAGGGGAAACUCGGCCAGCGGGCGCGGCAGGGGGAAGCGAAGAUGUUCAUCGGCGUCAAACACAUUUUCCCCUCACAGAGGAAUAAGUCCUGGUGGUUGCGUUGAGACGACUGAUAUCGGCAAACGGAAACGAGGGUCCAUCGCCCUACCUACAGGGAAACAUCACCGUAUUGUGGACCUUGAGGCUCUCUCCAGUGAGCAGGUUUGGCUUCUGCAGCAGGAGCGUCGUGUUCGCUCAAUGAUAAAGGCACUGUUACGACAUGAGUUUCCUGUUAAUGAGAAGUGCCGUCAGUGGGUAGCUUACCUCAACUCGUUGAAUGACGCCGCGGAAGCGCUGAAGACGCUGCAAGUUGUGGACCUGACGGACAAAUAA